GACCAGAGGGUAGGUGAAGAAUACAUAAGAAGCACAUUGCUGUGAUUUGUCAGGUUCAUUCAGGGAACUGAACAGCAGAAGCACCCAACUUUACCCAGCAAUCUUGGCAGGAGCUUCGAUGGAUAAACUCGAUGGUUCAGCCCGCCUUAUGAUAGUUUCAGAUCUUGACCAGACUAUGGUUGAUCAUGAUGAUCCAGAAGACCUGUCCUUGCUCAGGUUCGGGGCACUCUGGGAGGCUGAGUUUGCCCAUGAUUCUCUCCUGAUCUUCUCGACUGGGAGAUCGCUGAUCAGCUACAAGGAUUUGAGGAAAGAGAAGCCUCUGGUCACUCCGGACAUCACUGUCAUGUCUGUGGGAACUGUGAUAGCUUAUGGUGCAGAUAUGGUUCGUGAUGUUGACUGGGAGGAGUAUCUGAACAGCAACUGGGACUGGGAUAUCGUGGUCGAGGAGGCUGCAAAGUUCCCUCAGCUAAAGCCUCAGUGGGAGAAUGAUCAGAGUCCCCAUAAGGUCUCCUUUUUGGUUGACAAGCAAUGCGCUCAGGAAGUGAUGCAUGCUCUUCCUCAGAAGUUGCAGAGUCGUGGGAUACAUGUAAAAAUAAUCUUCAGCUACGGUGUGCUUCUUGAUGUGUUACCUCAAGGCGCAGGAAAAGGGCAGGCUCUUCAAUAUUUGCUGAACAAGUUCAGUUUUCAGGGGAAAGCACCAAACAAUACUCUUGUUUGUGGUGACUCUGGAAAUGAUACAGAGUUAUUCAGUGUCCCAUCGAUCCAUGGUGUCAUGGUCAGCAAUGCCCAAGAGGAGCUUCUUCAAUGGUACGAAGAAAAUGCAACAUAUAAUCCCAAGAUAAUUCAUGCAACGAAGAGAUGUGCCGCCGGUAUCAUGGAAGCUAUUGGACACUUCAAACUAGGACCUAGUGUUUCUGCUAGGGAUCUUGAACUCCCUUAUCCAAAGUUAGACAUCAUCAAACCUGCAGAUGUGGUAGUGAAGUUCUAUGUUCUCUAUGAGAAGUGGCGGAGAGGAGAAGUUCAAAAGUCCUCAUCAGUAAUACAGUACUUGAAGAGCAUUGCUCAUUUGAAUGGAAAAAUUAUUCAUCCUUCUGGAUUGGAGCAUUCUCUUCAUGCAUCAAUUGAUGCACUUAGUUUGUGCUAUGGUGACAAACAAGGCAAGAAGUUCCGGGCAUGGGUGGACGGGCUUGUGACAUCACUGAUCGGUACUAGUAACUGGUUGGUUAAGUUUGAAAACUGGGAAAUGGAAGGUGAUGCUCGGUAUUGCUGUCACACAACUCUUCAGCUGAAUAUGAAGCCUGAGGGCCUGGAGCUGGUACAUAUCCACAAGACCUGGCUUGAAGGACACUCUGCAGGGAGUGAGCACAUGUUCAUCAUCUAGAUCAUUUUGUCACCUGCAAUGUGCACCUAGCGUUACCAUUAUAAUUUUUGCUUCAGGAGUCCAGAUAGAAUAAUAAUGUACUGCCAGACAGAGGGCUCGAUGCUCUCGGAAAUUCCAUGUGUCAAAAACAAAAAUUGUUUAAUGAUUCUAUCUCGUCAAGUUCAAGAUAUCCAUAAAUAAUCAGAAGAUCUUGUCUCAAAA